AGUGCCGCCCAUGUCGCUACGAGCGUUUUCCUUCGUUAGUUCCCGACUCCUCCGCGUCCAUUUUCUGGCGUACGACUCAGAACGGAAUGUUUUUAGCAUUUUUCUCAGUCAGCAAAUGGCGUCUGGGUGGAGGUGUACGAAAAUGUUCUGCGUAAAUCAUGAAUGAAUUGUUCCGCGUAAUCUAAAAGUGAAUUUCCCGCACCCUUACCGUUCGAAAUUUCUAUCGGGAGUGAACACAGAUGAAAUGGACGCGAUCGCCAACAACUGUUAGUGCCCAGUUCUCGAAAUACCCCAAACGUAAACAAUGAACGAGGAGACCGACGUGAAGGCCCCGAUUUGGCCCCCUUUGGACAACGCGAACGUGAGCCCCAUUCCGCCCCCGCACGUCAUCCCCACAACCCCCCAAGGCGCCCCCAUCACCCCCGGCGGACUGGAGUUCGACCUGCCCUUCGAGCUGACGCAGCAAGGCUGGAGGAAAUUCUGGUCGAAGCGGGAGAAUAGGCCCUACUUUUGGAAUAAAUUGACGGGGGAAAGUCUGUGGGAGAUGCCCAUUGCGAAGCCCCAGUUUGACCCCAUCACAGACCCCCUAGGGAUAUGUGCACCACCUCCGAGUCUUCCUCUGCCCACGACGCCGCUGCCCGUGGCCAAAAGAAGGGCUUCAGAGGACUUGAAUGGACCACAAGCGAAGAAGUUUGUCCUGGCGGGUCCUUGGGAUUUGGACGUUCCUACAAAUGUUAUUAUUUUGGAGAGGAGUCCGUGCAGUUAUAUGCACUCGCAUCCAGAAGUGGAGGCUUACAGGUGCAGUCUUUUGGCCAAGUUGAGGCAGUGCUACCAGGAAUUGUGUCAUUCGAGGGAGGCGAUUGAUGCACCUAAAGACUCCUUCAACAGGUGGUUGAUGGAAAGGAAAGUCAUCGACUCGGGGCAUGACCCACUGCUGCCGAGCAAUUGUUACCCUGAAAUCUCGUUAUCAAUGUAUAAAGAAAUAAUGAACGACAUCCCCAUCAAGCUAGUGAGGCCGAAAUUUACAGGCGAUGCCCGAAAACAGUUAUCUCGAUACGCGGAAGCUGCAAAAAAAAUAAUGGAAUCACGAAAUGCCGAAGCCGAGAGUCGAAAAGUAGUCAAAUGGAAUGUUGAUGAAACUUUUCAAUGGCUUAGGAAAACUGUAGGUGCUACAUAUGAUGAUUUUCAAGAUAGAUUAGCGCAUUUGAAGCAACAAUGCCAGCCGCAUUUGACGGAAACGGUUAAGUCUUCAGUGGAGGGAAUUUGUUUGAAAAUUUAUAAUUUGUCAUGUGAAUAUGCGAAAAAAGUUAGAGAGAAAUCGAAUGCGAUUUUGAAGGAACAUGGAAUGGAACUCCCGCCUGUUAUACCAAUGACUACGACGAGAAAAGUUUGGUGUUAUCCUAUUCAAUUUGUCAUUGGGUGCCCUAGAUUGCCUGUCGUUGAAUAUUUACCAGAUAGAGAUCAAGCCUUAUUACGAUUUCAAGGCGACACUCUUAUUAUCAACAGCACGCAUCUCCAGAAAUUAGAGCAUCUUUACCGUCACAGUUGCUUCGAUGACCGAAAAUUCGAGCUAUUUAUCCCUCGAGUAUGGGUGAUGCUUAAACGCUACUCAACUUUUCUGGGUGUGAAUCCGUCAUCAAACAACGCCAAUUUGGACGUUCACGAGACUCAAGCGUCAUUACCAGUCACUGUCUUCGAAUGUCUUAAUCGAACAUUCGGCGUCACAUUCGAAUGCUUCGCCUCACCUUUAAAUUGUUAUUUCAAACAAUAUUGUUCUGCGUUCGCCGAUUGUGAUUCUUACUUUGGAAGCAGAGGACCAUUUCUGCAACUGAAAGCAAUUUCUGGCUCCUUUGAGGUACAUCCCCCGUAUUGUGAGGAAUUGAUGGAGGCUGCUGUUAACCACAUGGAGAGGCUACUUAGCGAAAGUCCCGAACCCUUGAGUUUUAUUGUACUUAUGCCGGAUUAUAGGGAACCAACACCUAACGCAUUGUUGCGAAUUGAAGCAAGUCAGUUUAAGCGGAAACAAGUCACGAUACCGGCAUAUGAGCAUGAGUUUCGGCACGGAUUUCAGCAUGUUUUAAACAGAUCUGAGUUGAAUGUUCGUUCAGCGCACGGGACAGUGAUUGUGUGGCUGCAAAAUGCAACUGGUUAUCAGCGAUGGGAACCAACUGAAGAGCGAGUGCAAUCAGUUUUGGAAGCUUUUAGGCCGGGCCGUGAACGCGAACGUGACCGACAAGAACUUCUAAGUCCAACAAGACAAGGAAGCACUUCAGAUAAUAAAGACGUGUUGGUCCAGUGAGAUUGUAUAGAACUUGACUGCAAUAUUUUUUUGUAUAGUUUAGAAGCAUUUAUAUUUUUUAUAUUAAAAGAAAGCUUUUAUUUAUACCUAAUUCGUACUUUAUUCAAAUUUUUAUCACUAUAUUUAUGAUGAUUGUACAUUAUCAAAUGUCACUUAUGUAAAAAGUACCUGAAACUUCAAUUAGGUCAUCGCGAAAUUGAAACGUUUUAUAUCGGUUUCUUAAACACACUGUACAUAUACAUUAUGUAGAAUUAAAAUAAUUUUGAUAAGUUUAUUACAACAGAUUGCUUUGUACAUGGCGCUGGUACAUUUGUUGUCUAAUUUUAUGCUUGUUUUGUAUUUAAAUAUUUAAUAGCAACUCUGAGACUUGCAUAUGUAUUUACCAAUAGAUUACAUUUGUACAUGAUUGAGUUUUUCAGCUUGACAAAAUAUCUGAAUUUCACAAUUAAAUUUUUUUCAACUG